ACCGCUAUCCUUCCUUCGAUUGAAAGGUGGUGGAGUAAACUUUUCCACGCACGCACACACACACACACGAAAAACAAGAAAAACGUUGAAUUCCAGUAGUUUGCGAACGGAACGCAUCGGGUAGAAGCCUAUUUUAGCCGUGCUAGAAAGUAGCUGGAUCGAUUCAAGUGGUCCACACAGAGCGUGGAGGACAAGUGUUUAACGUGGUAGAACAGGGCAUCAUGAGCUGCCUAGGGGACUGCCUGGAGUUGGGGCCACCGCCCGAUAUGAUACUGUCGAUGCCACCGCCACCAUUGUCAUCGUUCCUGUUGCCGCGGAAUGCGCUGGCCGCGGCUAGCAAACCGAACGGGAACAGCAACAACAGUUUGCUGUGCAGUGCAGCCUUCAUCUGUGAACCGUCCCUAAAGGCGAUCGAACAGUCCGGGAUGGAGUUUGUCGAGCUGCCCGGAAAUGGGAUGGAUGACACCUGGGUCCUGGUGCUGAUUUCGUCCUGUGUUGGAGUCCUACUGCUGGGAGCUCUGCUGGCCAUGGUGGUGCUCAAAUGUCGCGAUCGGUUCUGUUUCCGCUGCAGCUCGUUCAGCUACUCCUAUCACGAUAGCAACCUGAAGCAACCGCCGCUGCACGCACUCGGCCACGAACCGUCCACUGCCAAGGCGGCCGUAUUUAUGCCCGGUGGUACGAUACUCUAUCCGACCAACCAUCUGCACCAUCAUCACCAUCAGCCACCGGCCGCACAUCCGGACAAUCGUACCCUUUGGGCAGCGCUGACUCCGCACGGCACUCAACACUUUAUCACCGAAUCGUACGGAGGCAAUCCGGAGGAUCAUUACGAGGUGAUCGACUAUGGGCGUAAGCAUGAGCAGUACAUCCCAUCGGCCCACGGUACGAUCGUGAAGAGUAAGAACUCGUUCGAAAAUUCCGGCUUCGUCGAUUACGAUUACGAGGAUCCGACCCCGCUGAUGGAAUCGUACGCACACUUUGACGAUAUGGACUCGGGCUACCAAGAGCCGCAGGAAGUGGUCGGUUCGCUUAACCGUGCCGGCACUGCCACCAACCGCACCGCCACCCUCAUAUCGUCACCGACGCACAUCGAGAACCCAAACAUGGCACCGCUCAAUCUCUACCCGACGAUGCUCAGCGCGACGAUGGGCCGCAAGAUGCACGGUAACGCUGCAUCCGCUGCCGGUGGGUCCUUGUCGCGGCGUAUCAGUGACAUAAAGAAUUAAACAGCGUGCAGAAGGAAUUGCGCCAUCGCGCUCUGCAGGGGAAAGAUGCAGACCGAUGGCGGUUGAGUGAGAAUGGAACUGAAUGCAUUCCUAAAACUGAGCGACAUCCUUCCUUCCUAUGGUACUGGCGGGCGCGCGAGUAGGUUCGGGACCUGUGACCAUGCCGUGUGAAGAAUGUUCCUCUAAGAUGGUAGAACAGUGAGCAAUGAUUUAUACACGAGACGAGCGGAGAGCAGCUUCCCUUUUGACGUACCCGGCAAACCUGCUUAACUUAACGUAUUACCAAACGCAUCUAAACUACACUUAAUACUAGCAUUAAUGCGCGCACCACCAGAACCGUGCAGAAUCGCAGAACUCGUUAUAAGAACUCGCACCUUGCUGUCCCCCCCCCGUCUCUUUCCCCCAUGACAUCACAAUUUAGAGCAGGCGCAGCACUCCAGCAGGUCCAGAGCUCGGCAUAGAACGGGCUGAACUGUGUUUUGCUUCAUUACUUCCCAAUACGCUGGCUAGCAUGAAAGCAGCAAGGAGAGGCAUGGCAGAUGGUCAAACACAUUAAUCCAGUCCAGCGAUUGUGACGUGUCAUCAUUUUGUGGGAAUUUUAAAACGAAACAUGCAACAAAACAAUAAACGUACUACUCUAGAUCUUACCGGA